UAAUAAUUAGGGCCAGACAAAAUGUAUAGUGCCCUUCACCAUCACCUUCCCAUAUUGUUGACUCUCAUUUCCCACUAAAUCUGUACUUCCAUGGCAACAGUUGCUGUUCAGUCCUUAAUCUCUGCUCCACUGCAAAUUCCCAAAAUAACACAGUUCAAGAUUGGAAUUUGUCAGCUGAAAGUUACCACAGAGAAGAGUGCAAACAUCUUCAAUGCUCGUAGUCUGAUUCAAGCUGCUGCAGAACAAGGUGCAAGUCUUAUACUUUUGCCUGAAAUGUGGAAUUGCCCUUAUUCAACUGACUUGUUCGCAAAGUUUGCUGAGGACUUCAGCGAUAUAGACAGUGCCCCGUCAUUGCUUAUGUUAUCUGAAGUGGCUUCUUCCUUAGGAGUCACCAUUAUAGGUGGAUCGAUUCCGGAAAAGGAUGCCGGUCAUCUGUACAAUAGCUGCCCUGUGUUUGGGCCUAAUGGAGAGUUGAAGGCUAAGCACAGAAAAAUACAUUUGUUUGACAUGGGUAAGCCACUGCCAGGAGAAGUUCAAUUUAAGGAAUCAGACAACAUUUCCGCAGGAGAGAAGCCUACAGUUGUUGAUACAGAUUUUGGACGCAUCGGAAUAGGAAUUUGUCAUGAUAUACGAUUUCCUGAGCUCGCAAUGUCGUAUAGUGCCCGAGGUGCUCAUUUAAUAUGUUACCCUGGAGCAUUCAACAUGAGUACUGGGGCGACCCUAUGGGAGCUGGAGCAAAGAACAAGAGCGACCAAUGCAGUUGCACACACUUAUAAAAUCAGAAACUCCGAAUUUGCAAAGUUGUGUGCUGUAUUCUUAUUGCUCAUUCAACUCCGAUUUUACAGGGCAGUAGAUAACCAGCUUUAUGUGGCAUCUUGCUCCCCGUCUCGAGAUUCAGCCAGUAGCUACAUGAUAUGGGGUCACUCCACUGUGGUUGGACCGAUGGGUAAAAUUAUUGCAACCACCGGGCAUGAGGAAGCAGUUCUAAUUGCUGAAAUUGAUUAUGCUGCGAUUCAAUGGACAAGGGAAAGCCUCCCUUUGGAGAGCCAGAAGCGCAACGACAUCUAUCAAUUCGUAGACUUGCUCAGAGAAAGUCUCAACUCCUAAGAGGCUUUAAGAGCAGGACAUCUUGAUCAGCUAGCAUAUCAUAGUUCUGAAAUAGGUUACUGUGGGAGUUCUUACCAAGAAAGUUGUUUUGCUUAUUUUGUUGGCAAUCAUGGUUGUAUCUUCUUUUUAUGGUCAUUCCAAAAGACACUAGUUAACAAAUCUGGUAAAGUUUGGCAUCUCUUCAAGACACUUAUCAUUUGGAAGAGACUUGUUUCCACAGUUUGAACCCUCGAUCAAUCAUAUUGUUAUUCCUAAUCAUUGUAAAAUCCAAUGCUUACUCAGUAAUCAUUCAAGAAGAUCAUCUAUCUUUGUUGCAA